AUGAGAAACGAGCCACUGCGAUUCAGUAGCUUUGGAGAUCCAAACGCUCACCCACCGCCCACGCCAAAGCAGACUCCAACAUCGGGUGCAUUUCCGAGCCCUAUUUUCGAGACGCCGAAACCCCCCCAGGGAUCCUUCGCCGACACCAGCGGCCUGACGCCUCGCUUUGCCGAGGAAUACUCAGUCUUCAACGCAACGCCGGGCAAUCUGAGAGGGGCUCAGUUUCCCUUUGCUGACUUUGUGCCCACCACUCCCUUCGCAUCGUCGUAUCUAGGGCACAAGCGCCUGCUUUCCGUCGAAGAGCUAGCUGUCGAGAUUGCAACCCGAGCCAACAUCCCGCCGUCGAACCCAAACCUUCCACCGCCGCCCGUCGACCCUUCACGACGUCUGCCUUCCUCCCCGGCCGCUUUGAUAUUAUCUACAAAGGCAGCCGCCGCUGCCAAUUCCGACGCACACCUCGGCCCUGCCUUUUCCUCCUCGCACACCAAGUCUCCCAAGAAGCUCCGCCGGGGUACAAUUGAAGGUUCCGACGCAGCACAGCCUUUGUCGCCGCCGCCGUCGGCUCACAAGGGCGGCCAGAAGCUCGCACCAAAGGUCAACAUGCAAGAUGACCGGGCCUACGGUCACCCGGACUUUAGCGACAGCUUUCAGGGCCACCACGACAUGGCUGCCAUGAUGGGCGGCGCCGAUGACAUGUUUGUCUAUCCCAUGUCUGCUCCCCCGAGCCAGGCCAAUUUCUGGGACCCAGCCAUGGGCAUGGACCUGGACUUUAGCACUGCCGGCGCCACCUUCUUCCAGCCCUCGCAUCGCCAUACUGGAUCCUUUGACUGGAACAGCGACAUUCAGCUCUUUCAAGAUCCCGUCCCGCCCCCUCCUCCACCCUCAUCGAACCAAGAAAAUGUCCAGCCAAAUGCCCAGGGCAUGCACCAGCCUGCCCGAAGGGAGAGGAUGCUGGCGCCCAAGCCACCGGUGACUGGUCAAUCUGUUGGCCCCGUAGCAGCAACUGCCAUGUUUCAAGCAUCGAUGGAAGAUUCGUUCGGCGUAGGUACUCCUAUGGAAGGCGUGGACCCAGGAUUGCUAUAUAGCCGACCCCCAACGGCCUCGAUGAAUGCCGACUUCAAUCCGGCCAUGAAUGCGGCAUCUACGGAUAUGGCUGCUGCUGCAGAGGCCAACAACACUCGCAUCAUGCCUCAAUCCCGCCGGACCAACAGCCUGAAGGAGGUGAAGAGGGGCAAGAUGCCAGACCGUACAAACUCUCCCGUCAAGGCCAUGGGCCGUCCAGAACUGAAUCGUAGCCUGAGCCGGAAGUUCAAAUGCAGGCUCCGAAGCGGGAAAGUCGUCGAGAUCAUCAGCGUCUGGGAGAAUGUCGCCACUAAAGAGCCAACGGCGACUAUCAAGCCUGGCAUCUAUCCCCGAGUCUGCCUCUCAGCCACAUCUGAGCCGACCUCGAACGUCGAUGAGGAGCCAAUCAUUAUACCCAGCCGAGCCAGUUCAUUCAAUGCAUCCUUUGCACUACCGGACCCACGCAAGCCAGUAGGCUCGAUAUUCCAUUCGGGCCGCCGGAGCGUCAGUGAUCGGAGCAGGAGUGCAUCUACCCCUUCUCUUGUGACGCAAAAUGACGGAGAAAGUGAGGCCGAGACGGUUUUGACAGAUCAUCAAGAAAGAGGAGGAGAUGCAGCAAGCGAGCUGCGCAAAGUGGUAGAAGACCGUCAGAAGCGGUCUAUGCAGAUUGAGAACUCUCGGCCACAACAACGCAUUCUCACCUCAAGCAGCUCGGGGAACUUCAAAGCAAGCUCCAUAUCUCCGGUCAGCAUGGCAGACUCGAGCUAUAGACGCGGAGUUCGAUGUGUAUGCGGUAGAAAUGAGCCUGAUGAAGGAAAUAGCUACAUGGUUCAAUGGUAUGUUAUAAUCCAGAUCCCUUGUCCCCUGCUGGUGUUUGAGUAUGCCGGCUAG